AAACGUUUUUAUACGUCAUGACUAAACGUCUAAAGCUUCCCGCCCAAGAUGAAAUUAUCAAUGAUUACCAAUGGGAAAAGCUAUUGGAAACAAAAGCGCUCAUUGUCGUGGAGGUUCAUGCAGGCUGGUGUGGGCCUUGCACGUCAAUGAAACCUACCAUACGAAGAAUCAAGCAGCAAGUUGGAGACGAUGCCAAUUUUGCCGUGGCAAACUCGGACGACAUUUCGCAUCUAGCGCCAUUUCGCGACAAAAGCGAACCGACAUGGCUAUUUCUUAGUGAAGGCGAGAUAGUGAACGUAAUGCACGGGUGUAAAUCAAAAGAAUUGGUCGAUUUGAUUUCGGCAGAGUUGAAGAAGGAGAUUUUGAUCCAGAGAGGCGAAAUUGAACGCGAAAGUUUGGAGUUGGGCGACGUCCAGAAGGACGAGUCCCCGCUUGUCAAACCACCUCCGGCGCUGCCCGAAAAAGCCGCCGAAAAGGAAGUUCUCGCCCUUCCGUUUGAUGAAGAAUUACGCUACAGACCGUUUAGCGUUUCCUAUGAGUGAUACUUGUAAUG